AUGGCCAGCUGCUCUGAUGGGUUGAAGAUUUGCGUCGCUAGUCCUUGGACUGAGUUCGAGGACGAGUUCAGCGAGGGCCCAAUGCUUCAAAUGCAUUCACUGACUUGGGAAGACAUGGAAGCUUUUGUUACCCGCAAGUUCCAGGGGAACAAGGGUUUCGAUGAACAGAAGCACCUCUACUCUCAAGCCGCCAGCCAAUUACUGGCAGACAUAACCCAGAAAGCCAACGGUGUCUUUUUGUGGGUCUCGGUGGUUGUUCAGCAUCUAUUGGGCUUGUUCACCGAGGGCCUGUCGAUAUAUAAAGCACAAGAAGCCCUGCAAAAUCUCCCAUUAGAUCUCUCAUCACUCUACGACGCGAUUUGGAACAGAAUCAGUCCAGAGAACAUGAGCGACGCGUUGUUCAUGAUGCAAGUGGUGGCAGCUGCUGAGGGACCCUUGCCAUGGCUUAUCAUGUGGAUCGCUGAAGAAGCUAGGCAUGGCACUGUCCAACCGAGAGCACUGUCCAAGAAGGAGGGCUGGAGGGACUUUGCAUGGCUGUCGUUGAAGAGGAAAAUAGCCAUACGAACGAGAAACAUACUAGAACUUACGACAGGCAAGGAUGGAUUUGUGGAUUUUACACACCGGACUGCCAGGGACUGGGCAAUGCAGCCGGAGGUGUGGCACCGCAUACGCUCGUCAUACGAAUAG